AUGGGUCGCGUGAUUCGUAACCAGAGAAAGGGCAAGGGCGGUAUCUUCACCGCCAACACCCGCCUCCGAAAGGCUCCGGCCAAAUUCCGAAACCUCGACUUCGCGGAACGCCAUGGAUACAUUCGAGGUGUGAUCAAGGACAUCAUCCACGACCCCGGUCGUGGUGCUCCUCUCGCCCAGGUCGUCUUCCGCUCCCCGUACAAGUUCAAGCAGGUCCACGAGACGUUCAUCGCCAACGAGGGCAUGUACACCGGUCAAUUCAUCUACGCUGGCAAGAACGCUGCUCUGACUGUCGGAAACGUCCUCCCCCUCGGUUCCAUGCCCGAAGGUACCGUCGUCUCCAACGUCGAGGAGAAGGUUGGUGACCGUGGCACGCUCGGCCGUACGUCCGGCAACUACGUCACCAUCGUUGGACACAACCCCGACGAGGGCAAGACCCGAAUCAAGCUCCCCUCGGGUGCCAAGAAGAUUGUCAGCAGCAGCGCACGAGGAAUGAUUGGUAUCGUCGCUGGUGGUGGCCGUACCGACAAGCCUCUCCUGAAGGCUUCGCGUGCCAAGCACAAGUUCGCUGUCAAGCGCAACAGCUGGCCCAAGACUCGUGGUGUUGCCAUGAACCCCGUCGACCAUCCCCACGGUGGUGGUAACCAUCAACAUAUCGGAAAGGCUUCGACCAUCUCGAGAUACGCGGCACAGGGACAGAAGGCGGGUCUUAUUGCUGCGAGAAGAACGGGUCUGCUUCGUGGUACCCAGAAGACAAAGGAGUAG